CUUCCUUCUACACAGAAGAGAAAUUAAGAGUGACAAAAUACAAUUUCACGUUAGCGUUUAUGUUGUUAUUUAGACGUUUAUUAACACCCUGGAACACAAAAUAAUUUAACGGCACAGCAUCACAUACUUAACUCAGGUAGUCUUUAAUUCACGUUGGAGACAGGACUUGGUCGAUAUGUUAUCUAGGUAACGCUAGCUAGCUGCUAACGUUAGCUAACAAUGGCUAACUGCAAUGGCAACGUUAUGGUUUUUCACACUCAAAUAGCUUCCAUUAUGGAGGUGCUGGCUAACGCAGCUGUGGUAGAGAUCUGUAAACUCGUAGACGACGACUAUGCAGUGUUUCGUUUGGAAAUUUCUCAAAGCCAGAAAGAAAACCGGGGAUUGCGGAGGAAACUACAGCUACUGGAACUGAAGGUGGCACGGGAGCGUCGUCCCAGUAGUGUCAAGAUCCUCGACCGAUACAGAGGAACGACAAGAGGUGAAGGCCACAGGACCUUUGUGAAGCCAGCGGGAUACAAUACAUGGCGAGAUGACCAACCAAUCACUGUUGAUGAGGGGAGUGGAACCUCAACCCAGCAUGUUAACGUGAUAGAGUCCGCAGAUGUAGAGGCUGCAGGUCCUGGAAGAUCGUCUCUGGUCAAGCAGGAGAAGUCUGAAGGAGAGGAGGACCCACGAUACAACAGAGACAUCCACCCUGUAGCCACGGAGGACCUACACACCGCUGCCGCGCCCAAGCCUAGGACACGGCACAGCAUCACGGAGGAGGAAGAGGGUCCAGAGGUGCUGCUGGUGAAGGAGGAGGGGUGUGAGGAGAGUCUGGGGAACCCUGAGGGGACCAUGGUCAUGGAGGACAACCAGACUACACCUCCUCCUGAACCCACAGAGGAACCAGCUGAGCAGCACAGAACCACACACAAUCUCACUGAGUCAGUAGACAUGGAGGAUGGGAAGCCUGAUCUGCUGCUGGUCAAAGAGGAGACAAUAGAAGACGGACCAGAGAGAAUUGAUCUGCUGAGUGGACUAAAGAUGGGGGAGCAAGGUGUUUGGUUGGAGGCUAACAGAGGAGACUGGACGGCCAUCUUGGAUUCCCAGACCCAGACGGGUGCAGUCAAGGGCCCAGGAGACAACAUCACAGAGCAGGCCAGGACCAGACGCGACAUAGUGGAGGCCAGUGGAUGGGACAACGUCCUCAACUCUGGGCUGGGGAACAACACUGUUAACCAGAAACAGACAGUCAAACACAAAACAACAACCAAACUUAUUCUCCAAAACAACAGACUGGCUGAGACCAGGGCGAGGGGUAGAUUUGGUCCGCGGGGACGGGGAGGUGUCCAUAUGCGUCAGGAGAGAUCAGACACAGACUCGGCGAGCGAUGCUCCGUCCUGUUCCUAUAGUUGUGAUUCAGAGAGACUGAUUUCGCCUCAGGUUAACCCCCUAACAGGUGCUGCCUUCAGCCUGUCUUCUAUAGGAUCUAUCAACUGGGACAUGGACCCUGCGACAACACAGACUCUCCCUGGCCUUCAUCCUCCUCACACUCUCCUAAUGGUAAACCAGACCUCAGACAAUAUCAGUGCCUCAACACUAAAUGGCAACACAAGCCCAUUGACAAAUGACAGUAGUAGAGACGCUAUCAGUAGAUCCGGUGGCAAAGAGAAGCGCUUCCUGUGUUCGUUCUGUGGGAAAGCCUUCCGUUUCCCCAAACAGGUGGAGAUCCACCAAAGGAUGCACACGGGGGAGAAACCGUUCAGCUGCCACAUGUGUCAGGACAGUUUUUCACACUUGUCCAGCCUGAAGAGGCACCAGAGGGUCCACACAGGGGAGAAACCAUUUGGCUGCCACAUGUGUCGGGCCAGUUUUUCACACUCGUCCAACCUGAAGAGACACCAGAGAGUCCACAGGGGGGAGAAGUCCUACAGCUUACCCAGUGUGAGAAGAGGUUCUCCCACCAGCUGAAGAUUCAGCUGAAGGUCCACAGGAGAGAGGCCGUUCGCCUGUACACACUGCGGGGAAGAGGUACUUCAGGAUACACCAGCAGAAAUUCACACGGCCCAUGUAUAGAGUAUAGCCCUCAAACUCAUCUCUGGACCUCAAUGCCAGUUCCACAGUGUUUUUUUUUUCUCAUUCUCCUCUAAAUCAGACACUGAUUUAGACCUGGGACACCAUGUGGGUGUAGGGCUGUUAGUUACAGUGACCGCCAUAGCGGCGGUCACGUCUCAUGACAGCAGUCAAACUCCACGUGACCAUUUAGUCACGGUAAUUAAGCUUCUCCAAGCUCUCAUGGUGCUGAUGAUCAUUAGUAGCCUACCAAACUUGCUAGCUGCCUAGUGCUCAGCACUCUCUUAUCUCUCUAACAUCAAUGCAAAUGUAAUCAAACACUUCAUGAGAGCCUAUGUUGCACAACAUUUCUAUAGACUAUGCAAUUGCUUGAGAAAACAGAGUGAUGGCCUCCAUUUAAAAAGAGGAUCCCAUCAGAUUUAAAAUGCACCUUUUAUAAUAAAAUGAUUCCAUGCAUAAAAGAGUUUGCUAUGAGAAUGGUGUUUUCCCGCUAAUGGAACAUUCACGCAUUGCUGCACUUAUAAUGUGAAGCAAUAGCCUAAUAGUUUAUUAACAUUUUAAGCUAAACAUCCUGAUCUUUUUCAUCAGCCUCAUUGCUUAAAAAAGGUUUUGAUGCUAGUGGUUGUAUUAAUUUGGGAUCUAUCGCAUCCCACAACUGUCCCAGGCUACUUCUUGUGCAGAAUAGGUCAACUUUUGUACUAUGGGGAAUAGUAGAUUGACAUAGGCUAGUGCUUUUGCUGUUUUGUUAGGCCUACUCAUCUUGUUGGCUGACAAAGUAAAUGUGGACAGUUCUUCCAAUAUCUUCAAUAUGCGCCUCGGAAUUGGAUAAGAACAUGCGCAGUUGCAUCCCCAACGUAUCCGUCUUCACUUGUAGCCUGUGAGAAAGAGCUGAUUACGUGAUGGAAAACCAUGUGAGUGAGAGGUGCUUCAGAGCACUCAGCCAGAAGGAAAUUAUAAUUAUUAUAUUCAGCCCAAGGGCACAACAGCCACUGGCCGUAAAAUGCAUGGAUUUUUUUUAGGGGGCAUUACGGCCACACAAAGGGGAUGCCGCCGGGAAAUUCUAGGCAUUAUCAAGUGCUUGUCAAAUUUUAAAUGAGAGACUGAUGAAGUGUGUACAGCCUGCACACAAAAAAAAGAAAGCACAUUUUUUCAAAUCGUCAUUAGUCACAUCAUGCAGCCUUACAAUGUAUUAAAAAUCCUAACAUAUAGCUAAAAGUUUCACAACAUUUACAUAACUCUAAAUAAAGCAUAUAUAAGGAGUACCUGUUUCUUUGUUAACCGCUCUGUAAAAAUGCUUCACUAAUGAAGUGACAACUAUGUCCCUUAGGUUGAUUCUGGUGUUUUAUAGUGAGAAUGCCUUAAUUAACUUGACAAAGUAGUGAAGAUAUGUGUAAUGUUGAACAUUUCCAAAGUAUUGUAAAAUUAAUUUUAUCCAAGCGAGGGUACCAGUUGUACAGAAAAGGUAGGGUUAAAAUAGUGAGUUAUUCCACUUACAGUUUAGCAGACACUCUUAUUCAGAGUGACAGUGCAUUCAUCUUAAAAGCCCAAUGUAUCUGUUUUUAUCUCUAUCAAAUAAUCUCUGGGUAACAACCCUACUGUGUAGGCUUGGGCGGUAUACCGUGUACUGGGGCAUUUGGAAAUAGGCACGGGAUGUUUUUUCAAUACCAUUAACUAUUUUAUAUAUUUGAAUAUACUUGUCACUUAUUGUUUGUGCAAUAAAAGUAUUGUACUUCAA